CCCAUCAUCAACCGAAUUCCUCCCAUGUAUCCAUUCCGUUUUCGUUUCCUUCGUCGUACGUGAGAGAGCUCUCAGUCACGUCCUCUGUCCGAGCUCGGUUCGCCCCAGCAUCUUGUAGUAUCUCCUUUUUCUUCUGCUUGUACGUUGAAUCGGUUUGUUCAGUGGCCGCAAUAGAAGGAUUUAUGUUAAGUUCUCUCCUGCCGCCAUCUUUUGGCUUCAUCUUUAGAAAUCGUCCUGAACUUCUCAGAUUCAAGACACAGUUGAUGCUAUUAUGGGUGGUCGUGGAAGACUUUUUACUAGAUUUGUUGGUGCUAGGUGUUUGCGUUCUGUUUGGUUUUUGUCCAGUUUUCUCAAUUUCAAAUUAUUGUAGGGACACAACCUGAGCGAGAAGAAAAGGUGUCUUUGGAGCUGAGUGAAGAAAUUCUUCAAAGUAUGGAAGUAGGAAUGGCUUUUAAAGACUAUAACGGUCGAAUUAGUUCAAUGGAUUUUCACAGGGCAUCGAGUUACUUAGUGACUGCUAGUGAUGAUGAAUCCAUUCGCCUUUAUGAUAUCACUGGUGGAACGUAAGCCAUGUUUGAAGACAAUUAACAGCAAGAAAUAUGGGGUUGACCUGGUUUGCUUCACAUCUCAUCCUACAACAGUCAUUUACUCAUCAAAAAAUGGUUGGGAUGAAUCUUUGCGGCUGCUAUCGUUGCAUGAUAACAAGUACUUGAGAUAUUUCAAAGGUCACCAUGACAGGGUUGUCUCCCUUAGCUUGUGCUCUCGCAAAGACUGCUUUAUUUCUGGCUCUCUUGAUCGAACUGUUUUGCUGUGGGAUCAAAGGGCUGAAAAGUGCCAGGGACUUUUACGAGUACAAGGAAGGCCUGCUGUAUCGUAUGAUGAUCAAGGGCUAGUAUUUGCAAUUGCAUUUGGAGGGUUUAUUAGAAUGUUUGAUGCACGCAAGUAUGAAAAGGGUCCCUUUGAGAUAUUUUCUGUCGGGGCAGACAUUUCUGAUGCAAAUGUUGUGAAGUUUAGUAAUGAUGGGAGACUUAUGCUUUUAACCACUGCAAGUGGACAUAUUCACGUACUUGAUUCAUUUCGUGGAACACUUUUAUCCACAUAUAAUGUUACCCCAGUCUCAUGUGAUUCCACAUUAGAUGCUUCCUUCAGUCCCGAGGGAAUGUUUGUUAUAUCAGGUUCAGGGAAUGGAAGUGUCUAUGCAUGGAGUGUUCGUAGUGGGAAGGAAGUGGCAAGUUGGAUGAGUGCAACUUCUGAUAUUGGACCUCCUGUUAUAAAAUGGGCACCUGGAAGUCUUAUGUUUGCGACUGGAUCUUCUGAGCUGUCAUUUUGGAUUCCAGAUUUGUCUAAAUUGGGAGCUUAUGUAGGAAGAAAGUAGAAUCUAUCCUCAAUGCUAUCACAGGCAAGAGGUUUCUUUAUCAUGCUUUUUGGCCUGUGGCACAUUGAAUGAUCUGCAGCAGUCAAACUGUUCUAUAUUAUAUAAAGACCUGCGGCUUUCCCCUUUUUUUUUUUUGGUUUUUGUAUUUGGCGGCAAAGCCAAGGGCUAUGGACUAGAGUCACCAUUGUCAAUGUUAUCAGAACUGAAUUGGGUAUUUAUGGACAAGGCACUAUUUCAGCGAUCGUGGUUAGACAAUAA